AGCCAGAGCUGCUCGACAGGCAAAAAAGUUAAAAUAUUCUAACAAAUUCGAAUCAUCUAUAGCAACAAAUAAUAUUGAUAUUGAAGUAGAAUCAGAAUCAAUAUUAAAUCAAAAUUUUAAUACAUUAAAUGCUGUAAUAUAUAUUCCUUAUGAUUUAUCUGAGACUGAAUCUAAUAAGUCCGAAUCUAAUGAGUCUGAAUAUAAUAAGUCUGGAUCUAAUAAGUCUAAAUCAGAAUCCGAGAAUUUAUUUCAAGAAUUACAAUAUUCAACUAAAUUAGAAUUUAAAUUACGACAAGAAUUGCAUUCAAAAGUAGAUAGUAUUUCUCAGUAUCAGCUUUCAAGAGCAAUUUAUAUGUUAAAUAAUAUGAUAUAUACAAAAGGAAAAUAUCAAGGAGAACUUAUUUCAGAGUAUUAUAUAAAAAAUGUACAAGAAAAUAUAACAGAAUUAUUUGAAGAAGAACUUGAAGAAGCAAAUUCUUAUUUAAAUAUUGAAGAAUAUCAAGAACUUUAUAUUUCUUUGGAAUCUGGCUUAAAAAGAGGCUCAAAUGGAUCAUUAUUUGCAAGUGCAUUUCUUAGAGUAUAUACAAGUACUGAAUUGCAAGAAUCUCAAUCUAAUAUAGAAUUAAAUUAUAUUGAAAUUUUAAAUAAUAAUAAAAAAGAUGGACUAUCUAAUACUUGGGGAUUAUUAGAAGCAUUUGAAGAUUUAGAAUUCAAAAAAGAAUUUAUAAAAUAUGCAAACUCACCUGAUAUAAUGCUUUAUAAUUUCCCAUUAAUAUAUAACUUUCUUGAAAGAAUGUUUAAUCGAUAUGAUCUGAAAGUAAAUCCAAAUAUGAGUAUGAAUUUACAAGAAUCAAGACUUGUUUUUGCAGCAUCUACUCAAAAAAUACAACCAGUUACAACAUCAAAAAUUAAAGAAAUUCGUGAAAAAUUAAAAGAUAAAAAGAUAUCAAAUUAUAGAGAUAAAAAUACAAACCAAGAUGAAAAUACUGGAACUGAAGCAGCUAAGUCAUUAUUAAAUUCUUUAUUAAAUAAGACUAAUAGUUCUG